AUGGCCUCCCAAAACGGGCCCACACCGCCCUCAUCCACCUCCUCCAACGGCGCAUCCCCAGACACCCACCAGUUCCGCAUAGUAAGGAAGCGCAACCGAGUCCCUCUCUCCUGCGCACCCUGCAGACAUCGCAAGCUCAAAUGCAAUCGAGGUCAUCCCUGUGACAACUGCUCCAAGCGCGGCGACACGGCCUCCUGCAGCUAUGCUACCCAAGGGAACCGGAAGAAAGGCGCCAAUGGCCCCACAGGAACGCCAGACGAUAUGCAGAAUCGCAUUGACCGGCUGGAGGGGCUGGUGCUCUCAUUGAUGGGCAGCGGGUCGCAGCAGGGUGCGCCGGCGGCGGCGCAGGCGGCGAUAAGCGCGAGUAGGAGUAAUAGUUUGAGUACGGGCUCGGAUUUAAGAUUGGAUGUGGAGGGCAGCGAUAUGAUUCGAGAAGAGGGCGGUGAAGGGGAGGGUGAGGAUAGCGAGGUGGAUCAGGUGUCGAGGGGAAUUGGGAUCAUGAAGGUGGAUAAUGGCAGAGCGGUCUUUGCGUCGGACGCACAUUGGUAUGCUAUCCUGGGCGAGCUGACGGAGGUCAAGAAGUAUUUCGAGGAGCAUAAGAAAGACUACAAGGCGCAUAUGGAGAAGGUGCAGGCUGCGAAAGCGAACGAAAGUCCGGGUACAGCUUUUCUACUGCAAGGACCAGCGGCGAAAGACCAGGCUGAGUUGCUGGCUGCGUUUCCAUCGAAAGCGGAUGCGGAUCGCUUGAUCGCGCGGUACUUUAACGCCUACGAUCCAUCUGUCCACAUAAUCCAUGGCCCUUCCUUCCAAAAGCAAUACGACCGGCAUUGGCUGAAUCCAAGCGACUCGAGCGUGGUGUGGAUCGGGAUGUGCUUCGCGAUGAUGACUCUGGCGCUGCAGUCGUACCAUAGAGCGGGCGAUGAGCCGCCAGAGUAUCGCGGAAAGGCGAUGGACCUCUCGCAUGAGUUUAGGCGCUUGACAGCGCAGUGUCUGUUGCUAGCGGACAUCACGCAACCGAUUGCGCAGAUUCUGGAGACACUGGUUUUGCACGUACAAGCAGAAUAUGGACGAAGCAGAGAUGCGGAGCCUGGCGUUCUGUUGAUGGUGAGCUUGUGCGUGCGGUUAGCGAUGCGGAUGGGCUACCACCGCGAUCCAGCGCCUCAUCCAUCCAUCACACCGUUCCAAGGCGAGAUCAGACGGCGAGUAUGGUGCUUUGUGCGCCAAUGCGACCUCCUCAUCUCUUUCCAAUUCGGCCUCCCGGCCAUGAUCCGAACAGAAUACAUCGACACCGAAGCUCCUCGCAACCUUUACGAUGACGAAUUACACGAAGAUAUGAAAGCGCUGCCAACCUCCCGACCAACCUUCGAAGCGACACCGAUGAGCUACAUGAUAGCGAAAUCGAAGAUGACCUUCCUGUUCGGCCGAGUAGUCGAGCGGGUGGCCUCCAUCACCAACCCGCCUUCUUACGACGAAACGAUGAAAUUCGACCAAGACCUCCGUGAAGCCCGCUCCACCCACCCUCCGUUGCUGAAGAUGCGCUCGUUCCAGGAAUCAGCGCGCGAUCCAGCGAACUUGAUAAUGCAGCGCCUCGGACUGGAAAUGGUCUACCUCCGCUCCCUCUUCGUCCUGCACCGCCGCUUCAUCGCCCGAGGCCGCGAGAACCCUCGCUACGCCUAUUCACGAAGAACGUGUAUCGAUGCUUCAAUGGAGCUACUUGCGCAUCAAGCCACGUUACAUCAAGAAAGCCGACCGGGCGGACGGCUGCGGAGCGUGAAAUGGUACAUCUCCUCCUUGACGACCCACGACUUCUUGCUUGCAGCCAUGUUGGUAUGUCUCGACCUUUACCACUCCGCUGAAGCCGAACGACGCAACCGCGGCACGACCUCCCCUGCUUCCCCCACGGAGCUGUACAAAGAAGACCGCCGGGAAGAAAUGCUCGCAGCAGUCGAACACUGCAUCGGCAUCUGGGAAGAAGUGCGCGAGCAGAGCAUGGAAGCCUACAAAGCCUCCGUGGCUCUCCGAGUAAUGUUCGACAAGCUGAAAGCGCAUCAAGCACAGCAAGCCGCUUUGCAGGGGCAGCAGAUGCAAGGUCAAACGCAAAACCAAAGUCAAGGGCAAGCUCCCUACCCGCCUACAGGCGUGGCGAGGGAUCUGGGCUUCGGCGCCUUCCCGAACGGCAACCCUGCCCUGCUCAACCCGGAUGAUUUGCCGCCUGAGCAAUCGGCGGCGAUGACGUUGGGCAUGCUGUCGACGGGCGGGAUGGGCCAGUUCGCUGGUUUGCAAGGCGAGAUGGCGCGGGUGGAUAAUACGGCUGAGAAGCAACAGCAGCAACAGCAACAGCAGAGCUACCCAGCAAGCAUGGCCGGUCUCCUGAACGAACCCUUCGGCGGGACCGAGCGCACAGGUCUCACGCCCGGCUUUUCGGGAGCGGAUGGCGGACAAGGGAUGGUCGGCGCUGCGAGUCCGUUUAGCCAGUUAUUCGGGCAGAGCGGGGGAGGUGCGGGCAUGGAGGGGGUGAUGGGGGAUAUUGACUGGGGCGCGUGGGACAACUACAUCGCGAACAACUCGGCCUUGGAUCCGGCGGGGAAUAUGAAUUUGUGGCCGAUGAAUUUGGAUCUGGAUUCUGUGGGUGCGGUGGGUGGGAUGGGGACGGGGGAUCAGGGGCAGCAGGGCGCGAAUGGAGCGCCGGGACAGGGGGCGGGGAAUUCGUUUAUGGGUGGUGGGGGUGGUGGGAUGAUGUGA